AAGGAGGGCGAGGAGCCUACCCACCGCCUCGGUCCUUCUCCGACAUCCUCUUCCAUUGGCCAUGAAGAGGAAACAGAAAAGGUUUCUGCAAAUGACGUUGUUGUUCGUGGUGACUCUGAUUUUCCUGCCAAACAUUGGACUCUGGUCUUUGUACAGGGAAAAACAUCUGGUGAAAUCCGCAGAGCUGGGAGAGCAGCAGAUGUUCCCAAUGGGGUUUGGAGAUGGACAGCUGUAUACGUGGACAGAUGGUUUGAAAAGGAAAGACUGGCAUGACUAUGAAAGUAUUCAAAAAGAUGCCAUCCGUACAGGGAAAGGAGAACAGGGAAAGCCAUACCCUCUCACAGAAGAAGACAAUGAUGAUGCUGCUUACCGGGAAAAUGGUUUCAAUAUUUUUGUGAGCAACAACAUUGCCCUGGAGCGCUCGUUGCCAGACAUUCGACAUCCAAACUGUAAGCACAAGGUAUACUUGGAGAAGCUUCCAAAUACUAGUAUAAUUAUCCCAUUUCAUAAUGAAGGUUGGACUUCACUCUUGCGAACCAUACACAGCAUUAUCAACAGGACACCAGAUAUCCUGAUAGCAGAAAUAAUUCUUGUGGAUGACUUCAGUGACAGAGAACACUUGAAAGAGAGGUUAGAGGAAUAUAUGGCUCGUUUCGUUAAAGUGAGAAUUGUGCGCACCAAGAAACGAGAAGGACUCAUUCGCACCAGACUACUUGGAGCCUCAAUAGCUAAAGGAGAAGUCUUGACCUUCCUGGACUCUCAUUGUGAAGUCAAUGUGAACUGGCUGCCUCCUUUACUUAACCAGAUUGCACUCAACCACAAAACCAUUGUGUGUCCCAUGAUCGAUGUCAUUGACCACAAUCACUUUGGCUAUGAGGCACAAGCAGGGGAUGCCAUGCGUGGAGCUUUCGACUGGGAAAUGUACUACAAAAGAAUACCAAUUCCGCCAGAGCUCCAGAGGGCUGAUCCCAGUGACCCUUUUGAAUCCCCGGUUAUGGCUGGAGGCCUGUUUGCUGUUAACAGAAUGUGGUUUUGGGAUCUUGGUGGCUAUGAUCCAGGUUUAGAAAUCUGGGGUGGGGAGCAGUAUGAAAUCUCCUUCAAGGUCUGGAUGUGUGGAGGUGGCAUGUUUGAUGUUCCAUGUUCUAGAGUUGGGCACAUCUACAGGAAGUAUGUCCCUUACAAGGUCCCAUCCGGCACCAGCCUAGCAAGAAACCUGAAGCGUGUGGCAGAAACGUGGAUGGACGAGUUUGCAGAGUAUGUUUACCAGAGGCGGCCUGAGUACAGACAUCUCUCCACCGGCGACAUCUCAGCCCAGAAGGAGCUUCGAAAGCACCUUAAGUGCAAAGACUUCAAGUGGUUCAUGGCUGCAGUGGCUUGGGAUGUCCCCAAAUAUUUUCCACCAGUGGAGCCUUCACCUGCUUCCUGGGGAGAGAUUCGAAAUGUGGCAGCAAAUCUCUGUGUGGACAGUAAACAUGGAGGCACAGGAACUGAACUCAGGCUGGACACCUGUGUGAAGGAUGGCUCUGAACGGACUUGGUCACAUGAGCAGCUCUUCACCUUUGGUUGGAGGGAAGACAUCCGUCCAGGAGAGCCUCUUCACACCAGAAAAUUCUGCUUUGAUGCUGUUUCACACAGUAGUCCUGUUACACUUUAUGACUGUCAUGGUAUGAAGGGCAACCAACACUGGAGCUAUAGGAAGGACAAAACUUUAUUCCAUCCGGUGAGCAGCAGCUGCAUAGAUUGCAACCCAGCUGAGAAGAAGAUUUUCAUGAACAGAUGUGAUCCUUUAUCUGAAACUCAACAGUGGAUUUUUGAGCAUAUUAAUAUGACUGUUUUAGAAAAAAUUAACAGCAAAACCAGCUCUUAGGGAGAAGAAACAAGACUGUUCUGUACAGAUUGCUAACAAUGCCUUGGCUGGCAUCUGAGUCAAUGGAGACAGAAAUUAAGUUUCCUAGAUCCAGGAAAUCACUUCUGAAGAUUAAAUAAAUGCCAGGGCAAAAGCCAACAGGCUGUCAUUGCGGAUGGAUGAUAUCGGAAGAACUUGGCUGAGAGACUUCACCAGCUUCUGCUGAAGCCCUUCCGGUUGAGAAUUCCCUUGCUGGUCAAGGGAAAACUUUAUUUAAAAAAAUGUUUCAGUACACUACAUGUUAAAAAAGUAAAACAGGAUUUUAGAGUCUCAGGUCAAACCCUGCUAUAGUAAGUAGCUAUAAAUAGUUGCUAUUACUUAUGGGGGCUACACGGAGUGCAUGAUUCCUGUGGGAAACUGCAGAUAUCACAGAUGUAGAACUAGCAAGUCCUCUGGGAUAUUGUUACUGUCCCAGAAUUGAGGGCAAGCUGUGUGUUCUAGUGCCAUUUCAUUCCCCUUGGAGAAAGUCAGAUUUAUGAGGGUUAAUUAAAAUAAAGUGUUGUUUAGGAUCAUUUGAAGACUCUCCCCAUUACAUUCCUUUCACUGUUGAAUAGGAAUGGU